AUGCUUCGCCGUCAAGCCCGCGAGCGUCGCGAUUAUCUCUAUCGGAGAGCUUUGCUGCUCCGUGAUGCCUCCAUUGCCGAAAAAAGAGCGCAACUCAAGGCUUCACUAGCUUCUGGAAAGCCUUUAGAUCCUACAAUCGCAAACGAUAAAUCGCUUCGCGAAGAUUUCAAAUAUGACGAAUCGAAGGAUAAGGAAGAGAUGGACAUUGACGAUGAAUAUGUUUUAACCUCCGGCAUUAUCGAUCCUCGUCCUCUGGUUACCACCUCUCGCUCGCCCUCCGCUCGCCUCGGCGCAUUUGCCAAAGAAAUCCGUCUCCUUCUCCCUACCUCCAUUCGCCUCAACCGUGGUACUCUUGUUCUUGGAGAUCUCGUCUCCAGCGCAACCUCUGCCGCUCUGACCGACAUGAUUCUCCUUCACGAGCACCGUGGUACUCCAACCGCACUCACCAUUUCACACCUUCCCCACGGCCCAACUGCCAGUUUCUCCCUUCACAACGUUGUUCUUCGUCAAGAUAUCCCCAAUGCUGCUCGUGGUACCGUGUCGGAAAGCUAUCCGCACUUGGUUUUCGAGGGAUUCAAGUCCAAACUGGGUUCCCGCGUUGUUCAGAUUCUGAAGCACCUCUUCCCCCCGCGAGAGACAGGAAAGGUUGGCAACCGUGUCGUGAGCUUCGUCAACAAGGAUGACAACAUUGAAGUGCGGCACCAUGUUUUCGUCAAGACCGGAUACCGCGACGUGGAGCUGGCUGAAGUUGGACCUCGCAUGACGAUGCGCCUUUUCGAGAUUCGCGGAGGCACUUUGGAGAAGGGUUCGAGUGGCGAUGUCGAAUGGGCUCUCACCCAAUACACAAGAACCAGCAAAAAGAAGGAUUAUCUGUAA